UUUCGUAGUACCCUACCCCCCAGGGGAAGUCGAAUCCCCGCUGCCUCCUUGAAAGAGAGAUGUCCUGAACCACUAGAUGAUGGGGGCAUGCCCCAAGAAAACAGGCAAUUUACGACUACGAUUGGCGACUAAACUCGUAGUCGCCAAAUUUAGUGACUAUAUACCGACUGUUUAACUACUACUUUACAACUGCUAAAACUUAGUCGUAAAUUAGUCGUUUUUUACCGACUGAAAUGAAUAGUUGGUUCAGUAGUCGUUAAUUAGCGACUAUUUUACGACUGAAAGACAAGAAAGUAAUUUUGUCAGCAAACAGUAGCUAAAUUGGCGACUACAUGGUGACUACUGCGGCGAGUCGUUAAUUUGGCUACUAAAAUACGACUAAAUUAGUUAGUCGGAUAUUUGGCGACUACUAAGCGACUAUUGAGGUGAGUCGCAAACAUGUCGGCCAAAAAGAAACACGUUUUUUUCGUUUGUGGGGUUGGUAAGCUUUGUUUUGUUGCGACUGUUAGUUUGAGUCACAUCAGAGUCGUUUUACAGUCGUUUUUCAGUCGCCAAAUUUCUCUAUAUAUACCACACCUUCCUUUCUUAUUUCAUUCACACCACAAGCAAGAGCAUUAGCAAGAAAGAAAUCGAGAGUAACAAAAAAAAUUUUGAGAGUGAGAAAAAAAAUAGAGUGAGAAAAAAAAAACAAGAGUGAGAAAAAAAAUCAAAAGAGAAAAAAAAAACAAGAGUGAGAGAUCUUUAAUAAUGGCGGGAAGUUCUAAUUAUAGUCAUUUUCGGGAGUGGAUGUAUAAGAGGCUUGAUGAAGUGACGGGAAAUUUCACGGAAGAGUUCAGCACCGGGGUAGAGGAGUUCAUGGCUUUUGCAAAUAGUCAGCGUUUAGCACAAAAUAAUGGUGGUAAGUUUCACUGCCCUUGUGAUAAGUGCAAAAACGGUAGGCGUCUUCCAGGGGGUACAAUUUGGAAUCAUAUUUUUUGCUAUGGGUUUAUGCCAGAUUAUUAUGUUUGGUAUAAACAUGGGGAAGAAAUUAAUAUGGGCAUAGGAACGAGUUAUGUAGAUCCGACGUUUGUAAGUGGGAAUGAAGAAGUGGGUAAUGUGGUAGGAGAUAGAUAUGUGGAUAUGGUGAAUGAUGCAUUUCGUUAUAACAUAAGUUUAGAUGAUAAUUAUCAUCAAGAUAAUUAUCAUCAAGAUAAUUAUCAUCAAGAUGGUAGUUAUCAGAAUGUCGAGGAACCGGUACUUAACCAUUCCAAGAAAUUCUACGACUUGUUAGAAGGUGCAAAAAAUCCAUUAUAUGAUGGUUGCCAUGAAGGUCACUCACAAUUAUCCCUAGCUGCUAGAGUCAUGCAAAAUAAGGCAGAUUAUAAUAUGAGUGAAAAGUUAGUGGAUUCGGUUUGUGAAAUAUUGACUGAUUAUUUACCAGAAGGAAACCAAGCUACUGGUUCACAUUAUGAGACCGAAAAAUUGAUGCGCAAUUUAGGCCUCCCAUAUCAUACAAUUGAUGUUUGUAUUAACAAUUGUAUGAUAUAUUGGAAAGAUGACGAAAAGGAAGAUAAAUGUCUGUUUUGUGGUGCACAAAGAUGGAAGCCUCGGGAGGGCCGACGUAGAACCAAAGUACCAUAUAGUCGUAUGUGGUAUCUUCCUAUUGCUGAUAGAUUGAAGAGAAUGUAUCAAAGCCACAAGACUGCAGCAGCAAUGAGAUGGCAUGCCGAGCACCAAACAAAGGAGGGAGAAAUGAAUCAUCCUUCUGAUGCAGCGGAGUGGAGGUAUUUUCAAGAACAACAUCCCCGUUUUGCCGAAGAACCCCGUAACGUGUAUCUUGGAUUAUGUACCGAUGGGUUCAAUCCAUUUGGGAUGUCUCGAAAUCAUUCUCUAUGGCCUGUGAUCUUGACGCCAUAUAAUCUACCCCCUGGUAUGUGCAUGAAUACCGAGUAUUUGUUUCUUACAAUCUUGAAUUCUGGGCCAAAUCAUCCGCGAGCUAGUCUUGAUAUAUUUCUCCAACCUCUUAUUGAGGAGUUAAAAGAGUUGUGGUCUACUGGAGUUGAUGCGUACGAUGUGUCCUUGAGUCAAAAUUUUAAUCUAAAAGCAGCGCUGAUGUGGACGAUCAGCGAUUUCCCGGCAUAUGGCAUGUUAUCUGGAUGGACAACACAUGGUAAGUUGUCUUGUCCAGUUUGCAUGGACGAUACAAAGUCUUUUUAUCUACCUAAUGGAAGGAAGACAUGUUGGUUUGAUUGUCACCGGAGAUUUCUUCCCCAUGGUCAUCCUCUUAGGCGGAAUAAAAAAGACUUCUUAAAAGGUAAAGACGCUAUGAGAGAGUAUCCACCUGAGUCUUUGACCGGUGAGCAAAUUUACUCUGAGCGAUUGAGUGGUGUGAAUCCACCAAAAACGAAGGACGUCGGUGGAAAUGGUCAUGAAAAGAAGAUGCCGGGAUAUGGGAAGCAACACAACUGGCACAAAGAAAGCAUAUUGUGGCAGCUGCCAUACUGGAGGGACCUCAAUCUACGACAUAAUAUUGACGUGAUGCAUACAGAGAAGAAUUUUUUGGACAACAUCAUGUAUACUCUUAUGCGUGUGAAGGGUAAAUCAAAAGAUACCAUCAUGUCAAGAUUGGAUUUAGUGAAGUUCUGUUCUCGGCCACACUUACAUCUUGAUAGUAGGGGUAAAGCACCUUUCCCGGCAUAUGCAUUGACAGACGAAGCCAGAACAAGCUUAUUGGAAUGUGUGAAACACUCAAUUAAAUUCCCAGAUGGUUAUUCGUCAGACUUAGCUAGUUGUGUUGAUAUGGAAAAUGGAAAGUUUUCAGGCAUGAAGAGCCAUGAUUGCCAUGUUUUUAUGGAACGGUUACUUCCAUUUAUUUUUGCAGAACUGCUUCACAAGAAUGUCCACCUUGCUUUAUCAGGGGUUGGAGCAUUUUUUCGGGACUUAUGUUCUAGGACUUUGCAUACAAGUCGCCUUCAAAUUCUAAAACAGAAUAUAGUUCUCAUCCUAUGCAACUUGGAAAAGAUCUUUCCACCAUCCUUUUUUGAUGUGAUGGAGCACCUGCCUAUACAUCUCCCUUACGAAGCUGAAUUAGGAGGUCCUGUCCAAUAUAGGUGGAUGUAUCCUUUUGAAAGAUUUUUUAAAAAAUUGAAAGGAAAAGCAAAGAACAAAAGGUAUGCAGCAGGAUCAAUUGUUGAAUCAUAUAUCAAUGACGAGAUUGCAUACUUCUCAGAGCACUAUUUUGCCGAGAACAUACAAACAAAAUCAAGGUUAACAAGAUUUGAUGAAGGUGAAAACCCUGUAUAUCAUGUGCCUGGAGUGCCUUCUAUAUUUACUCACGUUGGCCGUCCAAGUGGGGAAAUGCAUGAAACAUGGCUCUCAAGUGGGGAAAUUAAAUUAUAUGAAUUUAAAAGGAUUAAGUUAAGCCACUGAUUAGCGACUAUUAAGUGACUAAGUUC